GGGGAGGUGAGAGGUGAUUUCCUGCCAUUCUUCUGCGGGGCGGGCUUCUCAGGGCGGUCAUGCCAGGCUGACGGGGCGCAGUGCGGGCUCCCGCUGCUGGGGGAGAGCUGGGUUUUCAUGGGGCGGCAGCCGAGGCAGGACCUGCAGCCAUGAACCGCUUCAAUGGGCUCUGCAAGGUGUGCUCGGAGCGCCGCUAUCGCCAGAUCACCAUCCCAAGGGGGAAGGACGGCUUUGGCUUCACCAUCUGCUGCGACUCUCCCGUCCGUGUCCAAGCAGUGGAUUCUGGGGGCCCGGCGGAGAGGGCAGGUUUGCAGCAGCUGGACACGGUGCUACAACUGAACCAGAGACCCGUGGAGCACUGGAAAUGUGUGGAGCUGGCGCACGAGAUCAGGAGCUGCCCUAGUGAGAUCAUCCUACUUGUGUGGCGCAUGGUCCCUCAGGUCAAGCCAGGGCCGGAUGGCGGGGUGCUACGGAGGGCCUCCUGCAAGUCAACACAUGACCUUCAGUCACCCCCCAACAAGCGGGAGAAGAACUGCACCCAUGGGGCCCAGGUCCGGCCUGAGCAACGCCACAGCUGCCACUUGGUGUGUGAUAGCUCAGACGGGCUGCUGCUUGGUGGCUGGGAACGCUACACCGAGGUGGCCAAGCAUGGGGGCCAGCAUACCAUGCCUGCGCUGUCCCGUGCCACUGCCCCCACGGACCCCAACUACAUCAUCCUGGCUCCGCUGAACCCUGGGAGCCAGCUGCUGAGGCCCGUAUUCCAGGAGGACACCAUUCCUGAAGAAUCAGAGAGUCCCAGUAAAGGGAAGUCUCACACAGGCCUGGGAAAGAAGUCUCGACUGAUGAAGACAGUGCAGACCAUGAAGAGCCAUGGGAACUACCAGAAUUGCACAGUCAUGAGGCCACGCACCUCGCACUCAAGCUACGGCACCUACGUCACCCUGGCCCCCAAGGUCCUGGUGUUCCCCGUCUUUGUUCAGCCUUUAGAUCUCUGUAACCCUGCCCGGACCCUCCUGUUGUCGGAGGAGCUGCUGCUGUAUGAGGGGAGGAACAAGGCUGCCGAGGUGACACUGUUUGCCUACUCCGACCUGCUGCUCUUCACUAAGGAGGAUGAGCCAGGCCGCUGUAAUGUCCUGAGGAACCCCCUCUACCUCCAGAGUGUAAAGCUGCAGGAAGGUUCUUCUGAAGACCUGAAAUUCUGCGUGCUGUAUCUCGCAGAGAAGGCAGAGUGCUUAUUCACUUUGGAAGCACACUCGCAGGAGCAGAAGAAGAGAGUGUGCUGGUGUGUGUCUGAGAACAUCGCUAAGCAGCAACAGCUGGCAGCGACGCCCCCGGAGAGCAAGAUGUUUGAGACGGAGGUGGACAAGAAGAGGGAGAUGCCCUUGGAGGAAAAGAAGGGGCCAGGUGCUGAAGAUCCCUCAUCUAGCAAGGACCCUUCUCCUAGCCAGGAGCCUCCUCCAGAACAAGACCUCCCACCCAACAAGGACUCCUCAGCUGGCCAGGAACUCUCUCCUGGCCACGAAUCACUUUCCAACAAAGACUCACCUCCUUGCAAGGAACCCCCUUCAGGUCAAGAACCCCUGCCAAGCAAGGACUCUCCACCAUACCAGGAUCCCUCUUCAGUCCAAGAACCCUCACUCUGUCAGGAAGCCCCUCCCAGCCAGGAACCUCUGCUCAGCGAAGCCCUCCCUGCCAUCCCAGAACCCCCUACUCAGGACCUUCUACAAUGUCAAGACCUGCCUCCCAGCCAGGUCUCUCUGCCUGCUGAGGCUCUUACUGAGGAGACCACAGGCUCUGGAGAACCACCAGCAGUCACCGGCAACCCACCUGUGGCCUCCAGGCCAGCCUUCGUGAUCCCUGAGGUCCGGCUGGACAGUGCUUACAGCCAGAAGGCAGGGGCAGAGGGUGGCAGCUCCGGAGAGGAGGAGGAAGGGGCUGAGGAGACUGAGGAAGGGGAUGAAGGAGACGAGGGGGAGGAAGCUGAGGACGAAGACACGAGUGAUGACAACUACGGAGAACACACGGAGGCCAAGCGCAGCAGCAUGAUCGAGACGGGCCAGGGUGCCGAGGGAGGACUCUCGCUGCGUGUGCAGAACUCGCUGCGGCGCCGGACACACAGCGAGGGCAGUCUGCUGCAGGAGGCCCGUGGGCCCUGCUUUGCCUCCGACACCACCUUGCACUGCUCUGAUGGCGAGGGUGCCACACCUAGCUGGGCCAUGCCUUCACCCCGCACCCUCAAGAAGGAACUGGGCCGCAAUGGUGGCUCCAUGCACCACCUCUCCCUCUUUUUCACGGGGCACAGGAAGAUGAGUGGGUCCGACACAGUUGGCGACGAUGAUGAAGGCUCCAGGAAGAGAAAGAGCAAAAACCUAGCCAAGGACAUGAAGAACAAGCUGGGCAUCUUCAGGCGACGGAACGAGUCUCCCGGGGCCCAGCCAACGGGCAAGGCUGACAAAGUGAUGAAGUCGUUCAAGCCCACUUCAGAGGAAGCCCUUAAGUGGGGUGAGUCCUUGGAGAAGCUGCUGCUUCACAAAUAUGGGUUAGCCGUGUUCCAGGCCUUCCUUCGCACCGAGUUUAGUGAAGAGAACCUGGAGUUCUGGUUGGCCUGUGAGGACUUCAAGAAACUCAAGUCCCAGUCCAAGAUGACAGCCAAAGCCAAGAAGAUCUUUGCUGAGUACAUCGCGAUCCAGGCAUGCAAGGAGGUAAACCUGGACUCAUACACACGGGAACACACCAAGGACAACCUGCAGAGUGUCACUCGGGGCUGUUUCGACCUGGCGCAGAAGCGCAUCUUUGGGCUUAUGGAAAAAGACUCAUACCCUCGCUUCCUCCGCUCUGACCUCUACCUGGACCUCAUUAACCAGAAGAAAUUGAGUCCCCCGCUUUAGGGAUCACCAGAGCAGAGCUCAGCGUUUACAUCAGGCGGGCUGGGCCCCCCUUCCCACCUGUCUCCCUCCCCUACUGCGACGGAGGGGGCAAGAAGGCCCCCGGAGGCUUUAUCUCCGGAUGGACAGAUGGAUAUUUGGAUGCAAGGCCUGGACCAAGAGAAGCCCAGACCACUGGAGGCGUAGAAGGGCUGGCCCCACUGGGUCCCCAUUGCCCCGGUACGAGGGGGCCCAACGGCUCUGGCAGGUCAGGGACCCAGCUAAUCCAGAUCCGGAGUUGCUGCUCCCCGCUGCGGAGACUUCGCGUUGACCAAGUUCCUUAAAGAACUGGCUGGUGGGGCAGGGGGCCCAGACCUUGGCUCUGGGGCCCUGCUGGGGGGCUUGGGGCUUGCAGCUCAGACCCCCUCCUUGUGUUUUAUUUAUUUAAACAGUAGUUGGAUGCUUGGCACGUUGUCCUGUAAUAGGAAACCUUUGCCUCAUCAGUUUUCCUAAUUUACAAGUGCAAUAUUUUAACCGCCUUGUGAAAAGCCACCCUGCAGAAAAGGCAGGCACCAUUUUCCAGUUUCAGGGAAUUUGCUGGUCCAGGGCAGGUAGCCGGCCCUUCUGGACUGAUGAGGGCUGAAGGGGUGCUGCAGUCUGACCUCACGUGGAAACCCAGCACCCCUGGGUGGGGUGUCCCUAGGGGGCUCUGGGAAAGCAUGACACCCUCAAACGACACAGCAGCCAAGUUCUAGAGCAAAUAAAAAGUGUGUGUUACUUCUGGUUUUUGACCCUU